AUGUCGAUCAGCUCGAUCAUUGCCGUGGGAAGAAGCGUAACCGCGUUCACCGCCAUCCACCCCCAAUUACUUCCGAGCACCGCUAACCGCCGUCAACCACCUCCGAGCACCCCCAACCACCUCCUACGACCUCUUACCACCUCCAACCACCCUCUAACAGCUCCUACCAGCUUUUACAACCUCCUACCACCACCGAACACCUCCUACCAUCGCCUACCAUUUCCAAACACCUCCUACCAUCUCUUACCACCUCCAACCACCACCAACCACCUCCUACGACCUCUUAUCACCUCCAACCACCCUCUAACACCUCCUACCAGUUUCUACCGCCUCCUACCACCACUGAACACCUCCUACCACCGCCUACCAUUUCCGAACACCUCCUGCCAUCUCCGGUCACCUUCUACCACCCUCUACCACCUCCUACUAGCGUCUACCACCUCCUACGAUUUCUCAGCACCUCCAACCACCUCCGGCCAUCUUCGUCCUCCUUGUCCUCCUCGACCUUCGCCGAUCGUCACCAACCACCUCCAAACACCUCCUACGUUGACUGUGAAAUAUAAGGACAGUUGCCCCUAA